CCCCUCUGUUCUUCAGCUUACCUCUUCGUUUUUGGUCUCAAGUUCAAAAGAAAUACUCUAAAUAAAGAUGGCAAACAUUCCUACUAUCGAGUUUGGCGUUCCAGGCGACAAGGUCAAGGUGCCGCGCAUCGGCCUCGGCUGCAUGGGCUUCUCGCCAAUUUACGGUGAAGUCGAUGACCAAGAGUCCCUGCAGACGAUCAACCACGCCUUGGAUGUCGGCUGCAGUUUCCUCGACACGGCUGACGUGUACGGCCUAGGCGGAAACGAAAAACUGCUGUCAAAUGUGCUGAAGGACCGUCGUGAUGACGUGUUCCUUUGCACCAAGUUUGGCAACGCCUGGAGGGAUCCAGAGCCUGGGUUCCAGGGCGGGUUUGCGGAUCUUCUGGUGGGCGUCAAGGGCGACUCCGAGUACGUGCGCAAGUCGUUCCAGAACAGCCUUGAUCGGCUGGGUGUCGACAGAAUCGACCUGUACUACCAGCAUCGUGUCGACACAUCCGUCCCAAUCGAGGAGACGGUCGGGGCCAUGGCAGAGCUCGUCAAGGCCGGCAAGGUGCGGUACUUGGGACUAUCCGAGUGCUCGGCCGAGACCCUUCGCCGUGCCUACAAGGUGCAUCCGAUUGCGGCGGUGCAGGUCGAGUACAACUGCUGGUCGCUGGACAUUGAGCAGAACGGGCUGCUUGAAGCCUGCCGCGAGCUGGGUGUCACUGUGGUUGCAUAUUCGCCGCUUGGCCGUGGGUUCAUGACCGGCCAAAUCCGCUCCUUCGACGACCUUCCUGAGAACGAUUUCAGGCGUGGCAACCCCCGAUUCCAGCCGGAAAACUUCCAUGCCAACAUCAAACUGGUUGAGGCGUUCGAGGAAAUGAGUGCCAAGAAGGGUGCAAGCCUGGGCAGCUGGCGCUGGCGUGGGUGCUGGCUCAGGACCGGAACCUGAUUGUGAUUCCUGGAACCAAGCGUAUCAAGUACUUGGAUGAGAACGUUGCAUCGGGGCAGGUCCAUAUCUCUGAUGCUGAGAACAAGCAGAUCCGCGACAUCAUCAACUCGAUCCCCAUUUCUGGCGACA